AUGAACCACCAAGUCCAGGGUCUGGUACUUGUCAACAACGAAUGGGUGUCGAGACCGCUCGACGUCUAUCAGAUUAUGGCACGAGCGCAGCAAGAUGAUACCGAAAUGCGGGAACCGGUCGUCAAGCAGGCCGUCCACCCCUUUGUGCCAGGGUAUGGCAUUCUUUCUAGGACAGUGCUUCCUAGUCCUCUUUUCAAAUUUAUCCUCCCCGCAAACAUACGUCACAAAGAUCUCAACGACAUCGUGCUGGUAGGUGAAGACUCGAUACAGCUGAACGAAAUCCACGACUACGGACGUAUUGGCCAUGCCGCUGUUAAGUCAAACUUCAGCGGCCGGAUUCUCACAGCGCGAGUGUUCGGUGACCCUCGCGAGGUUUGCGUCAACAGGAGCGUGGGAAGCCCAAUGCCCAAAAAGCAGACAGUGCAGAGAAGCAGGCAGUCAACCACAGACAUCGAGGAGCAUGGUCUGCCUCCAGAAGUGGUCGUCCUCACUCUUACAUCACGAACACUGAUGUUCUUAUGGGCUCAGCACAGCGCAACAGGCAAGCCCGUCUUCCAACAGAAGACUGUCAAGCUUCCCGCGGGUUCUUCGCGUUUCGACCGUCUCGGACAAUACCUCGCUAUAGAUCCAAAAUGUCGUGCCAUAGCUGUGGCAGCUUAUGAAGGACGGUUCAUGCUCUACAAGACAAAAUCCAUGCAGUCAUGGCGCAACGAAUUGCGAAACGGUGCCGAUACGAUACCAAUCGAGGAUGAACGCAUCAUCUCGAUUGAGGGCCGGAUAAUGCACAUGGAGUUCCUCGCAUCAGCUGUCGGAAAGGAUUGUUAUCAUGUAGUACUUCUAUUCAUCGUUGUUCAUCAGGGGUUGACCAAGAUAACCUGCUUCGAUUGGGAUUGCAGAUACGAUCUCAGCACAGCGACAGCUCGUACAGAACGAGUUUCAGUGGAUCUGGACGACCAGAACCCCUUCCUACUGAUACCCCUAAGCCGGAGUCCUGACUUCUUACUGGUUUUCGAUAAGCAUGUAUCCGUCUAUAAGGACGUGUUGUCCGGCGCUCCGCAGCGCACCGCGGUUCCCAUUCCGAGUCACAUUCUGCCGUCACUUCGUCCCGGCGAUAGCACACAUCGACCUCAAUGGGUACAAUGGGACAAGACCCCUCGUAACCCCGAUUUUCCGAAGGAAACCUUCUACAUCGCACGCGAAGACGGUCGGGUCAUGUACGUAGAGCAGGGUCCAGCAGGCGCCGUUGAGAUGGACGAUGCGGGCGAGUGGCCGUAUCGAAUUGACAAAGCCUUUGCUUGCCUGAGCGUCGACAAUUCAGAGUUCUCGCAAUCUUACCCAGACGUGCUCAUGGCAGGAUCCGCCGGGAAUGAUGGAUUGCUUUGCAAAGUCGGUGCCUGGCCAAUGGAGUACUCCUACACGACACAAUACCCCACCAUGAAUCAGUUCACCUAUGUGGAAUCGAUGCCAAACUGGAGUCCACUCACGGGGCUAUGUGUUACAGAGCUUCCUGGUAUUCGAGAUCCAUACGAACGCGAGCGUUCUGCAUUGUUCGUAACCAACGGAGUCGCACCUCACGGGCAGAUGUCCGAGCUUCGACAAGGGCUACACGCACUCAUCGAUGGAUCUUUCAGUGGCAUGAAUGGUUGCACUGGUCUGUGGGUGGUACAUUAUGGCAGUCAGACUGUCGAACUCGAUGGCAGAAGUGCUAGACAACACUACGCUUUAGUGGUUGUCACUUUACCACUUGAGACUCUUCUGCUACGCCUUGUUCGCACACAACCUGAAGGUCGUGGCAAGUUCUCUGGUGCUUGGGACGAUGGCAUUUGGGACGUCACCCAGCUGCCGACCGAGGACGAGCCAAUAGAUGACGGCAUCACACGGACCGAGGGGACUAUCUCAGCUUGUAUGCUAUCAGACCGCUUCUCAAUACAGAUCACCCGCAAAGAUGCGCAAAUACUCAAUUUACCCACUCUAUCUUUGAGCGACAAGAUUCAAUUCCACGCGCCCAUACUACUCGCGGCAUCAAGACCCGGUCUCCCCUUCAUUGCAGUCGCCCUCAAGGAUGGCGGCAAGACGUGCUUGGAAAUCACACCAAUACUUAAAGACGGCACAUUCGAGAAGCAUAAGCGAACGCAUCCGCGCCACAUGCUGAGCGCCGAUCCAACAUGUAUAGAGCUUCUCAAAGUUAGUGGACAAGCUUAUGUCCUUGUCGGCACGCUCGAUUCGAGAGUGUUCCUUUUCCAAGUCUCACCAGAUCAUGAGCUGUCCAAACUAUCCGAGUUGUCUCUCGAUGUUAGUGCUGUCGAGCGUUCGCGGACACUAUGUGAGAGCGCAGUCCUACUGAUAUCGGGCGGUGAGCAAGUCCUAGUAUGUGCCACCCGCGAUGGCCUUCUCCUUAGCCGCUGUGUCCGUGGUCUCAAGUUGGGCUCUCCGAAAACCCCUAUGAGCAACCCUGAUCCGCUAUAUGAGGCUACGGCUGCCCCAGUACGGUCAGAGUGGAACAUCACGAGGAUGGGCUCGACCUCUGCACAAAUAUAUUCAAGUUCCACCGACGACGCAGCCGCGUUCGUGUCAUGCGGGCCAGACUUCUGUAGAGUUCGUUUGUCCGCAAACAAGCUUUCAGUCAUGGAUGUUGAGUCCAUCUGGUUCGCUAACCGGGCGAAUCCUGGGUAUCUACAAAAUCCGAUCACAGCAACCUAUCAGCUGCCUCUUAUAGGGGACUCAAACAUCGCUGUAGAGAGGAACCUGGGCGGCUUUCUCUUCCUCGUAUCGGGUGAUCAGAUGCUCUAUACACAGCUUGAUGCAGACGUCAGACAGAGCGACCAUGCUGUAUAUCUGCGAUCCGGGGACGAGUCAAAGACCAUGCCACGCAAGUUGAUUACGGGCGCGAAGCCUACGUUCGCGGCAUACCUGACGCUGCCACGGAAGAUGCUCGUAGCAACAAUCGAAGCUAGGGAAGCGUGUACGCCGCCCGAUGGAUACCGGACGAUACAUUCGACACUGAGCUUGCUCAAUGUGCAUGACAACAAGCCUCUCGAUGAGGUUGAAGUGAAGCAGGAGGUGGGUGUCGAGCUUACUAACAGAUUGGUUGUAGCUCAAUACGCUCUCGACCAUGCGGAGCGCGUAUACUCGAUCGCAGAUUGGUCUUUCGAGGAUGAUCGUGGCAAGAAGUACAACUUAGUCAUUGUGGGUACCGGUGUCGGAGCAGGUCACGGCAAGGAGUCCGGAAGGAGAUUGAUAUUCAACUUGGGACAGCGUGGAUCCAGGUUGUCGUUACAGAAAGAGUCAACAUAUCCCCAUCCAGUCUAUUGCGUUGCCAUGUUUGACAAGCGCGCCACCGUUAGCGUCAUUGGCAAGCUGCUACAUUUUGAUGAGUUUGAUGCGGAGCUCGGCAGGUGGUUCAAUCGUGGGACAAAAGAACUCCCCUCGCCGGGUAUACACGUCACUGUCUCAGGGACCAACGUCUAUGUGUCUACACUGCAGCACUCGCACCUCUGCUUUGAAGUUACUCGUAGACUUGAUGACUCAAGAGUCGAUAUCGAGCAGCUUUUCACCGACAGUCGCGAACGCUCUUGUACCCAUCAUCUCGCCUUUCGCAAUGAUGAUCUGCAAAGAGACCCAUUAGUGGAGGAAGAGUCACUUGUUCUACUCACAGACAAGAAAACAGCCACAGUGUCGGGUCUGUACAGCUCCGGCGAGAGUACUUUCAAGAAUGCUGCAACAACUCUGUUUGAGGCAUGUCUUCCGCGAACAGUAAUUCGUCUUCAGCGUGGAGACAUUCGCCCACCUUGGCGCCGGCCCUCCCGCUUCACGAAGCGUUCUGAAAAGGUCACGGGUGUCCUUGUUGAUGACAUUGUUGGUGCUUGUUCUGAUGGUACCAUCUACGCUUUUUCUAUCCUGACUAGGCCUGCGCGUCAUGUUCUGCGAUUGCUGCAGAAUCUCAUCGAAAUCAAGCAAACUCGCGAUCCAGCAAAUCAAUUCACUAUCCUCAGGCAUCGAAGCGGCGAUAUCUUCGACGUACUUAUGAACGGUGCAGAUGGGGCGCAAGAUUGCGUAAUCCGUGCUAGAGACGUUGAUCCCAGGAAUAAGGAGCGAGGAGCGACUGGGCCGAAGAACAGCCACAUUGACGGAGACCUGCUCUUGAGGUUCUUUGAAGAGGGUGGUAAUAUCAGGGACCUGUUAUCGAGAGGCAUGGAUGAAGACGUACCUGCGUUAUUGGUCGAACUUGGAAGAGCGUUGCUUCCGCAAGGGAGCUACUACCUGCGCAAUGGCCAUUUCGAAAGGGUCGACGUCUUGAUGGGCAUCAACGAAUGGAUAGAUGAGCUACUCAUGCCUUUGAUGUAACGGUCUGUAGGAUAUAGUUGGAGUAGACCCGUGAUAUAGCGUUGGUAGGAGUGUGUGCUUGAAAAGGUGUUGGAAUAUGCCCGGCUGGGAGAAAAUUUUGGUUUGGCAGUAGCUACAGGACGGACGACCACG